AUGUCGAGAAGGGACGACGCGGGCCGUAUGAGCGCGUACAACUAUGCCGACCGGCGCGACGGCGAGAGAAGCGGGUACGGUCAACAACAAAACGUGAGGGUCAGAAGCCCGCUGAGGGACAGCACCUUGCGGGAUCGCAACCGCGACUGGGAACGGAACCUUGAUCGCGAGCGCUCUCCUGGCGCGAGUGGCCGACGCAACUCGGCAGAUUUUCGCAAAGACCACCGAGACGGCGCACAGGGUCGAGACAGGUUUCAGCAGAACGGCGGCUUCUCCCCACCACGUGGUCCAGCAAGCCAUCGCCCGCAAGAGCCACCUCGGGGGCCGGGCUUGAACAGAUCCGCGACAGCGCCCAAUGCGUCUGCAUUCAAAGCAGGUCCCCUAUCCACGGCAGCGCAACAAUGCGACGCCGACGUCCUCCUCCGCCUUUUUCGCAACGUUGUGACUCCUGUCACAGAUCGCACAUUGCUCAAAAAACAUAGACAGGAGGUCGAGAAGGCAUGCGUUCGACAGAGGCUGGAACUUGAGAAGGGCGCUUCCAAGCACCACGAUUUCCCUUCGGUGCGCGACGUGCAUGCCCAUGCUACCAAGAAACUGGACCUGAAAAUGGAGGUGUUGAAUAAAGAACUCGAGCACAACAAUACGACCCUCAACAAUGAGACAAGAAUCUGGCUCGAGAAACUGCUCGAGUUGGCGGCCCAUGCUCCACCAACCCAUGCCCAGCCACAGCAACAGGGUGGCGUCGACUCUCGGCUUGAUGCUCUCGAAAAGCGAAUGGUGGACCGGGAGACGGCGUGGGAAGAAAAACAGGCGGCCCGAACAAAACAGCAUGAUGAUGCGCUCGCGAAACAUGCAGAGCGGAUCUCGGUGCUUGAGGCCAACAUGGUUGAUGCCAAGUCUCAUAUCCAGAGCUUGCAGAAUGAAAAUGCAGCCCUGAAAUCAGGACUCGAGGUUGCGGGAGACUCGUCUUUGAGGCCUACACCCGAGGUCCCAGCGUUGGCUGCCUCGCAGACGUUGCAGGCCUUGGUUGACACAAUGCGAGACGAGAUGCGAGCUCUCACGGCCAAGGUUGAUGAGGCCACAGCACCUCUUGCUGACACUGACAUGGAAUUUAUCAACGACUCUUGUACUGACAUCAAUGUCAAGCUGCCCGUUCUGGAAUCCGAAGUCAAUCGGCUGAAAGAGAUGGAAUCCAAGCUCGUCACCAUCGCACAGCAUGACCAAAGUUGCAGCACGGUGCAGGACAAGCUGAAUAACAUGGCGGUACUGUUUGGCAACCUGAUCAAGAAGGACAGGGCAGAGACAGACGCGCGCUUCGCAUCGCUGGAAACGAGCGGCCGACAGCUCUCCUUGCGUGCGCCUGGACCUGCAGCAUCAGCAACCUCCCAACAUGGUGCGGCGGCGCCCGAUACGCUCAACACGAUCGAGGAACGCGAGCGAGCACUCGAGGAAGCGAGACAGGGCGAGCCUGCGACAGGUGCAGCUAGUGCCCCCUCGGGCGUCGGAAGCUCGAUUGACAUGCAGGCUACGACAAACAGACUCCAGGCGCUCGAGGCCAGGGUCGAAUCCCACGAGAGUACGUUUUUGACCAAGGACAAGUUCAUCGAACAUGCGCAAUGGGCGGCAGAUAAUGUCGGCCGCCUGGUGGGCCGCACGAACGAUCUCGAAGCUCGCUGCACUGCCAACGACAACUGGCAGCAACAGAUCAAGGGGAGCAUAACACAGGUGGAGGGUACAAUCAAGAGCUGCGAAAAGUGGAUGAACGGGCAGGUCGAGGGCCUCCUGCUCUCGCUCAGCGUGCUGGACAGCCAAUACAACAAUCUGACAACGGAAGGCCUUGCGCAGAUGAUUGGUGGCCACAUACAGAACCAGGACCACGAGACGGUGACACGGUUACAGGAGCGCAAUAACGAGGUCGGUCAGCUCUUGUCGGCCAUGGAUCGACGGAUAAAGGGGCUAGAGACGGUCGGACUGGGUCAAAACCCUGAGGGCAGCAGGGUGUAA